AUGGUCGGGCUUCAUCUUAGUUACCGCUGGCUGCGGUGGACUAAACCGUCUGGAGAGCCGAAACCCCUUCCUGACGGGAUUGAGCGGCACUUUGUCAAGACCCCUAUGGGCAAUAUAGAAGUUCUCUACUCUGCUCCAAAUGAGGAAUCUACGCCAACAACCUCGACACCUAGACAGCCCAUGUUCUUCGUCCAUGGAGGAAUGGGUAGUGCCUGGGUAUGGCUUGAGUAUAUGCGGUUCCUAUCAUCCCACGGAAUCCCAUGCUAUGCGGUUUCUAUGCGCGGACACGGGAAUAGCUGGCACCCAAGCUACCUCCGCAUGGUAUUCUUCACUCCGCGCAGCGCACUCGCCCAAGACGUCGUGGCUGCGAUUCGUUGGACCCAGCAGCGCGAGCAGGGCGCCGAGGUCGUCCUGGUAGGGCACAGCAGUGGCGGUGGCAUCCUGCAGGGGAUUCUUUCCGAUGGCUUGGUCUCCGCUAGUGGUUUGGUGCUUGCAGGCGCAGUCCCGGGGUUUGGAUCAAUGGGCGUCUACAUAAAUUGGUGGCGGGAGGACCCCUGGUUUACCUUCAGGAUGAUUCUCCAUGGAUGGCAUUCCAACUCACCACUCUCCCACCCAGUUCUCGUAAAGAACAUAUUCUUCAGCAAUGAGGUUUCGGAUUCAUACGUGAACAACUUCUUGCAGCACUCCAAUUCAUACGAGAGCUAUCUCUGGCCUUUCAGUAUGAUGAGGCCUUUUGUCAAAGCCAAAAGUCUGCUGAAACAACUUGGUGGCAUCAGUGGGUGGGACAGGCAGCGGAUUCUGGUACUGGGCGGAGGUGGCGACAAGAUCAUGGCCGUCCCCAUCAUGCAGAAACUGGCGUCGUAUUAUCGCCAGGGCGUCCUGCAGUUGGUUGGAGAGGACAAGCUUGCCCAGGAGGCAGUCGAGGAUGUUGAGCCAUUAGCGGGCGAAGGUGGCAUGGACGAUGCUGGCCAGGGCGUGCGGUUCUGCGUUGUGCCCAAGGCUGGACACCACAUGCAGAAUGAUGUCCAGUGGGAAACUGGUGCGAGGAAGCUUCUUGAGUUCUACAAGCAGCUUUCAUAG